ACAACUUUAUGUAUGUUAAAAGAUAUUUUCGUUUUUCUUCAAACCCUAACACUGACUUUGUUAAGCGACAAGUUUCUAACCCCUUCUUCUUAUUCUAACUCAUCAGCGUAUUUCCUCGAUCCGAUUCAUGACAUUUGUGGUGAGCUUCAUCGACUAAGCGUAUCUCCUAAGAUGCAUCACCAAAUCUGCACUAAGCCAUUUUCUUCAUCCUUUUUUUCGAGGGAACUAACAACGUAGUUGUCUUCUUCGCUCUCAUUUCAAGCUAUGAUUUUGUCAGACACGUUCUCGUUGGGGUUGAAGGUGUUGAAAACGUGUUUGUUGUCCCAUUUUAACCUGAAUCUCUAAAUCAAGAUUUGUCCCACCCCUCUUUGCUGUGAUUUCAGCAUGUAGUAGUACACCUACAUUUUGCAGUUAUCCAAAAAGGAAUCUCUGAAGCAGUCUAGUCGGUGAGAAGGCAGAACUUACAUCAUGGAAAAGCCUUUCUGAUCCAUCCAUUGGAAGCUUUUCUUUUAGUGUUGAACGCCUAGAGAUUCCUGAAGUGUUCAUUUGGAAUGGAACUCAACCAUACUGGCGCAGUGGUCCAUGGAAUGGUCAGGUUUUUAUAGGGUUACCAAACAAGGUAACUGCGUAUCUUAAUGGUGUUCAUGUUGAAGAUGAUGGGAAUGGUACAGUUGAUAUAUAUUUCACGGCAUAUAGGAUGGGACUCACAAGUUUUACCUUGAAUCCCCAAGGUCAAUAUGUGCAAAAUGAUUGGGAUGAUGAGAAGGAGCAAUGGCAAGUUACAAGGUCAAUAUUUUGCAAAGCUGUUGAUGAUGUAUUUGGAAUGGAGUGCAAUUUGGAAUAUGAGUAUUGUAAUAUCAGUUCUGGAUGGUAUAUAUGGAAUUGGGGCAUUAAGACUUUCAUAUUUCUUCAGCAGAGGUAAUCAGAAGAGAGGACUCCUUUUGAUGCUUGUUUUCUUUGCUUUAGGACUUUGUUUAAGGAUGUCCCGUGUCUUCCUUGGAUGCUAUAAAGGAGGGAAUGUAAUUUUUCUGCAAAUUGGGCUCCUCACUUGGUUAAUACUCUGAAAUGGGUGUCGUGCGUGAUUUACUUUGAUGAUUGCAAGGCGAGGAAACUGGAGAAGAAAGUUGAUGAGGAAGUAGCUUGUUGCAUUCAAAGCCACUUGAGGCCAUUGUGGUCAACUGAAGUCAUUAACCAUCAUCAGAGAAAAAGAAAAGUACUGGGCGGCAAAAGAAAAAGGAACUUGAAAGAGAGGGAAGUAACAAAGCCUAAAGCCUUCAUAUUUUUCCUAAAGCAAUUUAGUCAUGCCUCCUAAAGGAAAACGUUUAAGGAAUGAUGUUGUAUCAUCAAGUUCCAGUACGCAAGCAGAGUCCCCACAAACCUUUGUUCCUUCAUCAAUUCCUACUGAACCACAUUUUCCAAAUCGUCCAUCUCAUGUAGGACGUGAGUCCAGUAGGAAAUGGACUGUGCAAGCUAUAGAUGAAGAAGGAAAUGAAAAGAAAAUUCAAUUGACAACAUCAAGUGUGUUUGAGAUGAAUGAUGGUCAACGCAUAAUAGUGCCAUUUGAUACACAAAUGCAAGCCUAUGGGGAAGUCGCAACACUUUUUUCGAAAGUAUGUGGACGUAUUGCCACUGAUUGCAACAAUGUUCCUAUUAAUUACGAAAGAUGGGAUAAAGUACCUGAUCCAUACAAGGAUGAAUGCUAUGAUAGUUUGAAGGCUCCAGAAACAAUUGCCAAGCGUUAUUGUCUUCUUACCUUAGGAAGAAGGUUCAGGAACGGCAAGUCAAAGUUAUGGAAAUCAGCUAAGCAGUUAAAGCUUCCUAGAGAUCAACUAAUUGCAAAAGUCCCUGCUGGUGUUCCUAAAGAUCAAUGGUCGUCAUUUGUAGACUAUCAUCUGAAACCAAGUUAUAAGGAAGUAGAGGUCGGACGUCCUGUGAGUCGAGGCGAGCUAUAUAUUGAAACUCACAAGAAUGACAAGGCAAAGGCUAUAGUGGACCAAAUAUAUGAAGAAUUAAGCCAGAGCACCAGUUCCACUGAAAUUUCAACAAAUGAUGCUAUUGCAAAAGUUUUUGGACCAGAGCACUCUGGUCGUGUACGUGGUUUAGGCCUAGGUGGUCUUCCUAGCAUUGCAUUUGGACCCACAAGUAGACGAUUCAAUCUGAUAGGCUCUACUUUCUCAAGUACAGAUUCAGCUGAAAGUUCUCGGUUGAGGGAAGAGGUUACUUCGUUGAAGACCAAGUUAGCAGCAUCUGAGGAGAGUGUCAAGACAUUACAGACAGUAAUGCUUGCAUAUAUACAAAUGAAGGAAGGACAAAUUCCUCCAGAGUUAGAUGCUUUGUUUGGUACUACUACUCCUCCAAUGGAUGAAGGGAGUGAAGAAGCUAUCCCUACACGUGGAAGGUCUUCAUUAGAUAGUAAUUACUCUUAAUUUGAGCUAUGUGAAUUCAAUAUUUUUCUUAUGAUUUUAGAUUCUGUAAAAUGAUCGAUGCAUCAUUAAAGACUCGUGGAUUUUGUAGCUUUAAGAUGGUUUAUUUUAUGUUUUUUGUUUUGGAUAAUUGUAAAUUUCAUUCUCUUUCUUGUUUACUAUCAACUUUAUCU